AUGUUUCCAACUAACAACUCUCCCACUUCACAUCCAAGUUCCUCAAAACCUUCCACUUCCUCAAACAUGCCAUUGCCGAAUUUGGAAAUCCCUCAUGACAUGUCAGUUUUCAACGAUGAACUUCGACUAGCCGAGAGUACCCCAAAGAAGCCUGCAGGGAGGAAGAAGUUCAAGGAGACUCGCCACCCGGUGUUCAGGGGUGUGAGGAGGAGGAAUUUAGAUAAGUGGGUGUGUGAAAUGAGGGAACCUAACAAGAAGACUAAAAUUUGGUUAGGGACCUAUCCAACCGCCGAGAUGGCAGCCCGAGCCCACGAUGUUGCGGCACUGGCAUUGAGAGGUCGCACCGCCUGUCUCAACUUUGCAGACUCGGCGUGGCGACUUCCCAUUCCUACCACUACCGCGACUAAAGAUAUUCAAAAGGCGGCUGCAGAAGCCGCCGAGGCUUUUAGACCAGACAAGAUUUUGCUAACUAAUGACAAUGGCAUUGACACGGCUGUAGUCGCCGCCACGGAGGAGCAACUUAUGUUUGGUAUGGAAGAAGAAGAGGAGGAAGAGGUGAACAUUCCAGAGUCUUUGAGAAAUAUGGCGCUAUUGUCUCCUACACAUAGUUUGGAGAAUGAGUUUCAUUAUAAUGAUGCAGAACUUCAAGAUGUUGAGGUGUCACUAUGGAGCUUUUCCCUUUGA